UGCAAAGUGUGCUUUCGUUCACUAUGAGCCACCGGGGAGUACAUCAUUAUUAUUCAUAUAUUGGCAUGCGUACAUACACGUACCUAAAUGCCAACCAAUGGUGAUUGAUGUGUUAACCCAGAUUUUUUUUGUCCACAAAGUUAAAGUUAGCUGACACGUGGCCAUUGGGGUAGGAUGACACGUUACUGUGUACAUGCAUUUGAGUGUACUUGUGACAUUUAUGAGACGCAGUGAGGGCAGCAUAUGCGGUUCGUGUUUACAGAUAAAUUGUAAACGUGGCCAGCAUGGGCGCAGGAACCAUAAUGGAAAUACGUUAUAAAACCCACACAGAAGGGACAAUGGUUGGUUUCGCCACUAGAAAUGGACUGUUUGUCAUUCUUGUGUUCAGUGUGAUAACGACAAUAAUACUCAUUGCCCGGAUGCACGCACCUCAAUUUGAUUUAAUUGACGAUGCAUCAAUAAUCAAGUUGUAUGUACGAGGCAAAGGCGAACAGCGACAACUGCGGUUGAGUGAGCUAGUAAAUAUGGCAAGAGCGCACAAUAUUGUGAUCAAAUAUCCAACAACGUCCGUUUUAUCUUCAAACUUAAUCGUUUUAGAAAACGAUUCGCCAAGUUUGCCUGACCGCAUUCUUGGAAAAGAUUCUAAUGCGAAUUCUGUCAACAUUGUCGAAAAUGACAGAAAAGUGUAUAGUCCGCCUGUAGUCCUGGACGAACAUCUUCCUAAAUCUUCAAUGAAUAUACCUCAAAAGGAACGCGAUGUGCGUGAGCCGAAAGUCAAUAACCAAGAAAACCAGAAAGCAAAGAUGACUUCUUUAUAUCAGAGGUUGGCGAUAAACACCAAUUCAUAUUCGUUCAGUGACCUAGAACAGCUCAAAGAACAACAUGAUCUUAACGUUCGAACAAACCAUGUCACUGGGUCGCCUCUUGUUGAGAACUGCCAGAGACAUACAAAUAUAGUGUUUCUAAAAACACAUAAAACAGGAAGUGACACCACGUCUCAGAUAUUCAUACGAUUUGCAGACACCAAGAACUUGUCCAUUGUCUUACCCACGGCAGCAUGGAGUCUUGGAUGGCCUUUUGCAUUUGAGGAAAAAGACUACAUACAUCCUCCAGACAAUGCCAAGUUCAAUAUUCUGUGUCUGCAUUGCGUGUAUAACAGAAGCGCUUUUGAUAAAAUCAUGGCAGAUGGUACGAAGUAUGUGACUAUCCUACGUGACCCGUGGAAUCAAUUCAAAUCGUCAUUCAGUUAUUUUGGAUGGAAAAGACUUGUUGAAAAUGCAGUGGGAAGUACCUCGCAUCAUUUAGAAAAGUUUCUUAAGAAUCCUGGACGAUAUUACGAUUGGGAAAAUGCUAAGAUCAAUAAAUUCGUGAGGAAUUUCAUGUCAUUCGAUUUGGGAUUAUCUCCCAUGUACUUUGAUAACGUAAACGCUAUCAUGAAAUUUGUGGGCUCAAUAGAAAAUGACUUCGACCUUGUGAUGAUUUUGGAAUAUUAUGACGAAUCCCUGAUUCUCUUAAGACGAAUGUUGUGCUGGAAACUUGAAGAUAUACUCUACGUGCCUAUUAACGUGAGAAAAAAGAUCACACCCGUUCAAUCGUAUGCCGAACAAUUAUAUCGUCACUUCAGUCAGGCUGAUUUCACCCUGUACGAGCACUUUAAGAAAAUAUUCCUACAGCGUCUGGGGGAAUCACAUGAAAUCCGCGAAGAAGUUGGCUAUUUCAAAAAGAUUAACUUAGACUUUUUACUUUUCUGUAAGCAAGUGGUAAGAGAUAUUUCCUUGUCAUUUGAGGUAGAAAAAACAAAAUGGAAUGAUGCAUUUAAACUCGACGCGUCUUACUGCACUAAGUCAAGAUUUUAUAUCCCUGAUUAUGUUCAUGAAUUAAAACAAACGCGUUAUGGCGUACGUGCGACGGAACCACACAAAAAUGCAACAUAUUGGCCUCUCUAA